UCUCGCUUAACACAUCCGCAAUCAUGGCCUCCGAAACCAACGGCACCAAGCUGCAGGGUGCUUCCCUUGCCCACGACCUCUUCCAAGACAUGGGCAGCCAAGUCGAAGGAAUGAACGGCCCCUCCUCCGACCAAAAAGUCGUCGACGAAAUCCAAUCCCUCUGCAUGAACUGCCACGAAGACGGCAUCACGCGCCUCCUCCUCACGAAAAUCCCCUUCUUUCGCGAAAUUGUCAUCAUGUCCUUUUCCUGCGAGAAAUGCGGCUUCCACAACAACGAGAUCCAAUCCGCGGGCGAGAUCCAACCAAAAGGCGCGAAAUAUGCCUUCCGCAUCGAUAACGGGGAUGAUUUCCAACGACAGGUGGUCAAGAGCGAUAUCUGUGCGUUUAGGAUUGAGGAUAUUGAUCUGGAGAUUCCGCCUGGGAAGGGGCAGUAUACGAAUUUGGAGGGUAUAAUCAGUGCGGUCAAGGCGGAUCUGGAGAGUCACCAACAGGCGAGGAUGGAGCAGAUGCCGGAGGUUGGAGAGAAAGUCGCAGGCGUGAUUGACACAUUGACGGAGAUGUUGGCGGGAAGGAAGUUCCCGUUCAUGGUGUCAGUAGAUGAUCCGAGUGGGAACAGCUCAAUUGAGCCACGGCCGGGUGAUGCGGCAGGAAAGUGGGCGAAGAGCGAGUACAACCGGACAGCGGCGCAAAAUGGAGCGCCGGAAUACCACUCAACCGGACUCGUCGGCGCAGACGCACAAACAACAACACAAGGCAACAACGUCGACCAAGAAGAAGACAUCGUCGAAAACCAAGUAUACUCCUUCCCCGCCUCCUGUCCCGGCUGCACACGCCCUUGCGCGACCAACAUGAAAAUGGUCAACAUCCCCUACUUCAAACAGGUCGUGCUCAUGUCCACGGUAUGCGAAGACUGCGGCUACCGCAGCAACGAAGUCAAAACCGGCGGCGAAGUCCCCGAGCAAGGCCGCAAAAUUACCCUCCACGUCAGCACGUCCGAGGACUUGGCGCGAGACAUUCUCAAGUCCGAAAGCGCAUCACUCGCCUGCCCGGAACUCCAACUCCGCGUCGAGCCAGGAACGAUGGGAGGCCGCUUCACCACCGUCGAGGGAAUCAUGACGCAGAUACGCAAAGAUCUCCGAUCCCAAGCGUUUGGCCUGUCAGAUGGUGAUGCGGAGGUUCCGGAAGGUACGGGCGAUGGCAUGGAGCAAGGGAGUAAGAAACAAUGGGAGGCUUUCUUUGGGGAUCUGACGGAGGCGAUUGACGGGAGGAAGAAGUUUACGCUGGUGUUGGAGGACCCGUUGGCGGCGAGUUAUGUGCAGAGUUUGACGGCGCCCGAACCGGAUCCGAAGAUUGAGGUGUUGGAUUAUGAGAGGACGGAGGAGGAGAUGGAGGAUUUGGGAUUGAAUGAUAUUAAGACGGAGGGGUAUGAGGUGAAGGAAGGAGAGGGUACGUCAUCGUGA